AUGCGCCUCGUCAACACCAAAAGCAUCCAACUCGAGUUCCUCGCCGACGACAAUGUGCCCGACUACGCCAUCCUAUCCCACACCUGGGAGCAGGAAGAGGUCCUCUUCCAAGACAUGGGAAGCGAUAGCGCCAAGUUGAAAAAGGGCUACGCUAAGCUCGAGAGCUGCUGUCGCGUGGCGCGAGAGAAUGGGUUUGAGUAUAUCUGGGACGAUACCUGCUGCAUCGACAAGACGAGCAGUGCAGAACUGAGUGAAGCUAUCAACUCGAUGUAUCGGUACUAUCAAGAGGCUAGCAUUUGUUAUGGAUACCUCGCGGAUGUUUCUACCGUUUCCGAAAUCCCGAAUAGUAGAUGGUUUACCAGAGGUUGGACGCUACAGGAGCUCAUUGCGCCAAGAUCAAUGAUCUUCUUCGACAAACAUUGGCGUGAGUUGGGCACCAAGAGAAGCUUGGUGCAGGUACUAUCGCAGAGAACAAGCAUACCAGAAUCUAUUCUCUGCGACAGCGAAGAGCGAGAGACGACUAGCAUCGCACAGAGAAUGUCGUGGGCUGCUGAUAGAGUCACAACAAGAAAGGAAGACAGGGCAUAUUCCCUCAUGGGUAUCUUUGGCAUUAACAUGCCCCUCCUCUACGGAGAAGGUGACAAGGCCUUCUAUCGUCUUCAAGAAGAGAUCAUGCGCGUAUCAGACGACCACAGCCUCUUCGCCUGGAAAGCCCCCACUUCUCGCGGCGGUUUACUUGCCCCGACACCAGCUGCGUUCAAGCACUCGGGUGACAUCAUCCCGUGGAAUCCGUUCACGCCGUAUAAUACUCCAUUCACGAUUACUAAUAAAGGGGUGCAUAUGCAGGCACCGUUCAUUGCGCAGGAUACUUCGGGCAGGGGCCUUUGUGUUCUUCAUUGUACGAGGAUUGGGAUAAGGGAUAAGUUGAUUGCGGUGCAUUUGAGGGAUGUGUUUUUUACCAUGGAGCAUUUUGAGAGAUGCAGGACUGAUGAGUUGGAGUGGGUUGACUUGAACAGCUUCAAUCUCACUCAAUACCCCGUGAAGUCUCUGUGUAUACGGCUCUACCUCCCAUCAACCUCCCGAAUGGUACGACAAGAGGGAGGGCAGGCUGAUACACUAUCCGAAUCUAGUACAGUCGUUGAGCGCAAUACCCUGUCAUCACUCGCAGAAGCCGCGUCAGCAGGCGAUGCUGGGUCAGUCUGGUACCUCCUAGCUCAAGAUCCAUCCGGGACGAUGCACGAUGAGGCCCGGUCCACGAUAUGUCUUGCUGCUCGUGGUGGCCAUGAGCGCCUCGUCAGCCAGCUUUUGGCAAGAAGAGACACAGCACAUCUUAUCAUAGACGACCAAGCCCGAACUGCACUGUCCCACGCUGCAGAGUGCGGCCAGGAAGCUAUUGUUAGAUUCAUCCUGUCCAGCGCUACAAUCCAUCCUGAUACACGGGAUGUACAUGGAUUAAGUGCGUUGUGGUACGCGGUGUAUCACAAACAAUCUGCUUGUGCAGAACUGCUUCUCCAGAAAGGUUUGGUAUCUGGCCAUGUCGGCGGCGACGGCAACACCCAAACCGCACUUUGGCACGCUGUCUCAUACGGCGAUCUCGACCUUGUGAAACUCCUCCUGCAGAACAAAGCACUCCAAUCUACUGGCGGCGAACCAGCCCUCUGCGCAGCAGUCUCAAACCAACACGUCGCCAUAGCCGACCUCCUUCUCCAGCACGGCGCCGACCCCGACGAACGAGAUUCCAAGCGCCGAUCCCCACUGCAGAUCGCCUGCAGACAGGACUACCACGAGAUAGUAGCUCUACUGAUGAGACACGGCGUCAACGCUGACGUGCUGGACACUGCGGGUAAGACAGAACUGGCGUUUGCGACGUUGAUUGGUAAUAAGACGCUGGUCAAAGUUUUGUUGGAGAAUGGGGCGAAUCCGAGGGCCAAGUGUGCGAAUGGCAAGACGGCGGCGGCUUAUGCGACGGGGCAGGAGAUGAAGAGCUUGAUUGGGAAUCAGAGGUGGUAUAAGACUUUGCUUGAUAGGACGAGUACGAAUCGGUCGGCGAUGUCGUGAUGGUGGUGUGUUUGUGCGUUUGGAUGGAAGCAGAGGGCUCUUGGGAUAUGUGAGAUGAUGCCUAAAUCGAGCCGUCGUCAGUCCAGUUGAGAAAAGAAGGACGAUGCAUUUAGCAGAAAGCCGUAAAAGAGGGAUCGCAUCUUAGACCGCUCAAGGUCACGAAGCACGUCUGAAUGACUCUCUGACUCUGUAGAUGCGGUCUUGACUCUGGUGAUGGAAUGGCUCUUGAGAAGCAUGCAAGAAGAGGAUGAGCGUGAUCGACCUUGCGCAUGGAUACUCAGAGAAGCGAAUGCAGAAGCAGAUGAAGUGGACUGGAUGAGUGCAGAAACGGAAUGUGCCGAGUAGCGUCAAUACUCAUUGGGUCAUGGAAUGGGUAUUACAUGACCCGUAGAAAUGACCAGCUCGCGCAGGAUAAUAGUGGGAAAUAGGGAAUUAUCAGGGCGUGGCGUUCUCCAUGUGCCUGGAGAGAAACAUCCCGCGAGCAACCACGUACACAAGUCAAUCAAGUCCGCUUGGGCGCCGACUUGGCUCAGGUUCCCAAGAGACUGCGACCUUCUCAGUUUGAAGUUUCCUUCUUGUUCGAUCGGUGCAGAGCUCGGGU